UUUUUCGAUUUCCAUUUCGCGUACCCUGUUGAGCAGGCUCCUUGAUUGUUCAUUCACCAUUGUGGACUCAAGAAGGAAACAUUCACUACCAAUCGGGUCGCAUAGCAGGUCUAUCCGACAAACGAUACUCGCUGAUUCCCACACCUACACUCAUUUACAUUACGGCUACAAAAACGAAGACGAAGAAGGCCAACAUGAACACCAUGUCUGCAUUUCUGGUUACCGCUCUGCUAGGCUUCACCGCCACGGUGAAUGCGCACAUGUUCAUCUCCUCGCCUGCACCUAUCCCAGGCAGUGCGCCUAAGGAUCCUCUCGAUGCUAGUGGAAGCAACUUUCCAUGCCACGGAGUCGCUCUGCCUUCCUCGGGUGGUUUGUCCAUGCCUGCCGGCUCGUCUCAAGUGCUGUCAUGGGAGCUUGGUAACGGCGCUAAUACAGCUGUACAUGGAGGGGGUUCAUGCCAGAUUUCCAUCACCUACGAGACGGAUCCGGCCAAAGUCAAGGAUCCGAGCAACUGGUUUGUCAUCUACAGCAUCGAAGGCGGGUGCCCAAGCAACACUCACCAGAACCUCGACGGUCAAUACACUGGCCCUCAGGGCAGCUAUAGCGGCGCGCUCUCGUGUCAAGAUCCCAAGGCUAACGGCGUCGAUUGUGUCAACCAAUUCAACUUCAGUAUCCCGCAAGGCGUGAAAAACGGCAACGCCAUUAUGUCCUGGACGUGGUUCAACUCCGUCGGCAACCGCGAGAUGUACCAAAAUUGCGUGAACAUAAACCUUUCCGGCGGCGACGGCUCGGAGAUGAGCGAGCUCCCGACCAUGUUCGUGGCGAACUUGGGCAGCGUCAACCAAUGUCCAACCACACAAAGCGUUGACCUGCUGUUUCCGAACCCUGGCAAGUAUGUCACGACCAAGAAGCCGUCCGGUGCGGCUGCCUCUACCGCCAUCACGUUUCCCAUGGCCACACCGAGCGGCACUGGUUGCAACAAUGACGGUGGCUCCGGUUCUGGCCCAGCGGCACAAUCAUCUGCGGCGCCCGCGGCCCCUUCCAGCGCAGCGUAUAGCGCACCGUCAGCAGCCCAGUCCGCUAGCCUUUCACAAGCGACCGGUGCAGCUAGCAGCGUGGCUGGCAAUGCCGCCGUGACCGUGACGACUAUGGCUACAAUCACCGGCCAGGCUUCCUACGCCCCAGUCGCCAGUUACGCUGCGUCAUCGGCUGCAGCAUCUUCUGCGGCAUAUUCGGCUCCGGCUUCUGGCUCCGGCUCGUCGACCCCAAGUGGCAGCUGCAGGAACGGCGCACUGCCUUGCUCAAGCGAUGGCGCUGUGGUCUGUAUGGGUAGUCAAUGGGGCCUUUGCAACCAUGGUUGCGCUGUUCCAGAACCGCUUGCUCCCGGUACAUCUUGUUCGAACGGCUUGAUCACUCGGCGGAGUCUGAAGCACGCUCACAGGCACUUCGCCGGUCUGCGUGGUUAUUGAAUGAAGACUGAGUUCCAUGAGUGUGUAGCUUUUCACAAGAUUGCAUUGCGCGGCGUUGUUGCAGCGCAUACUAUGGAGAUAGCGUCAAUUGUAUAGCAUGAAUACCCAACAUCUCCGACCAACA